CAUUUAAUAAAAAAGAUAAAUAAAGAAUCCCCAAUUUCCCAAAAUUCAAGUCUACUCCCUGAAAAACUGUCCUCUUUUUCUCAAUUCUCAUCAAUUUUUUUUCUCUCUCUCCUCUUCUCGGAAGGCGACUCCAUCUAUGGCUAGACCUCGCUAAGCUAUCUCUCUUUAUAAAUUUCUGUUUUGUUACCUCGAUUCUUCAAUCGGAAACCCUAACUUUUAUCAGCAAUAUCGUCGGAAAUUAGCCCCAAAUUUCCAGUCUUUUUCUGGCAAUGCAAGCCUGCCUUUUGACAAUCUGCCUCUUCAAAGAGGACUCUUUUGGAACUCGGUCUCUUUCUUCACGAAUUUGCAGAUUUCAAUUUGAUCAUCUUUCUCAAUUUAGCUGCCAUGACUUCCGUUGAUUCUCAUAAUUCCAUUCUCUGUAAUGCAGGCGCUGGUGCUGCUGCUGGUGUAAUUGCAGCGACUUUUGUGUGUCCUUUAGAUGUUAUUAAAACGAGGCUCCAGGUUCACGGGCUUUCCUCUCUUGGAAAUGGAGCCGCAAAAGGUGGCGUCAUUGUUUCUAGUUUGAAUCAGAUAUUUCAUAAAGAGGGUUUGCGUGGAAUGUAUCGUGGUCUUUCUCCCACUGUCUUGGCUUUGCUUCCUAAUUGGGCUGUGUAUUUUACGAUGUACGAACAGCUAAAAAGCCUGCUUGGCUCAGAUGAUGGGAGGCAUCAGCUUUCAGUGGGUGCAAAUGUGAUUGCUGCUUCUGGAGCUGGGGCUGCUACAGUCAUUGUUACAAAUCCUCUUUGGGUUGUAAAGACGAGAUUCCAGACGCAAGGAAUGAGAAAAGGUGUGGUUCCAUACAAGAGCACUUUGUCUGCUUUGAGGAGAAUAGCUCAAGAGGAGGGCAUUCGUGGACUGUAUAGUGGCCUGGUCCCUGCGUUGGCUGGAAUCAGUCAUGUAGCCAUCCAGUUUCCUAUAUAUGAGCAAGUUAAAAGCUAUUUGGCUAACAAAGAUGAGACUGCCAUUGAUAAGAUUCCUGCGCGUGAUGUUGCAGUUGCCUCAUCAGUCUCCAAGAUAUUUGCAUCUACACUAACAUAUCCUCAUGAGGUGGUUCGAUCACGGCUUCAAGAGCAAGGGCACCAUUCGGAAAAACGGUACUUGGGGGUGAUUGAUUGUGUUAGGAAAGUAUUUCAACAAGAAGGCAUGUCAGGGUUUUACCGUGGUUGUGCCACCAAUCUGCUUAGGACUACACCAGCUGCUGUGAUCACCUUUACCAGCUUUGAGAUGAUUCACCGGUCUCUGGUUGAUGUAUUUAAUCCCGACACGCAACCUCAUGCACUUUGAAUGUCAGAUGGAGCGUUGUCUGUUCUGCUGCCUUCAAUGAAUUACUGUGGAUAAGCCAACCUGCAACCAUAAUUUUCUCUCAAUUCUUUGGUGGCCUAGAAACUGGGUUCACCGCCACAUAAGAAAGUAUCUGCAGCGAAUUUUUUCACAUAACGUAGGGGUGAGGUUAGUACAACGGAAGCAACAAUGAAAAUGAUGAUGAUGAUAAUGUUUAAUUAAGUAGACUUUCCAGGUGAUAUUGGUCGACUUUGCAAAUGCUGUGACAAUAUAUGUGAAAACAGUGAAAGGACUAUACUACUUUGUUAUUGGGCACUGUGCUGUUGAUACAUUUGUAUUUCAUUGAAGAUUGGUUUUUGUGUACAAAAAGCUCUUUGGCGUGGGAUCUCAAUCCAUUUCUAUUGAAUUUCAUGCUUUCCUAAUAUUUUGACAACAUUUGUACUAAAUCAAUACAUUUUCUUGCCUA